AUGAGCAAAGAAGGGAGUUCGGCGACAAAGGCAGCGCUCAAGCUUGGCUUGACCUGCUCAGCAGCAAUGGUGGCUGAAGCUGUUACUUAUCCCAUUGAUGUGGUGAAGACACGGCUUCAAUUGCAGCCAUACGGUGCAGUACGCAUCGCCAUGGAACUCGUACGACGCGAGGGUCUACGGGGCUUGUACGCCGGCCUAUCGCCCGCCCUCAUCCGCCAUGUCUUUUACACGGGAACGCGCAUCACGGUGUACGAAUGGCUUCGGAGCGCCGGAACAUCAUCCUCAUGUCUGGCGUCCAAGUUGUUUAUGGGUUUGACGGCUGGCGCUGUGGGGCAGGCAGUGGCAGUGCCGGCCGACCUCGUCAAGGUUCGGCUUCAAGCGGAGGGGAGGCUUGUGACUGCGGGCAAGUUGGCAGCGCCGCGGUACAAGGGCCUUACGGACUGCUUCCGACAGAUCGUAGCGACGGACGGCUUGGCUGGGCUGUGGCGCGGCGGCGGACCUGCCGUACAGCGUGCGGCUCUGGUGAACCUCGGAGAGCUUGCGACGUACGACCAGGCGAAGCAGGCCAUUCUAGCCACCAACCUCACAGGCGGCGACAACCUGGCGGCCCACACCGCCUCCUCCGUGUGUUCGGGCUUCUUCGCGAGCGUGGUUUCGGUGCCAGCCGAUGUGGUCAAGACGCGCAUGAUGACUCAGGACUCCGCCGCACCCCGCUACCGCUCCUCCCUGGACUGCCUGGUUAAAAGUGUGCGGGCGGAGGGCCUUAUGGCUCUGUACAAGGGGUUCUUGCCCACGUGGGCCCGGCUGGGUCCCUGGCAGCUGGUGUUCUGGACGUCGUACGAGCAGAUGCGCAGGACUUGUAAUCUGGGCGGCUUCUGA